GCAUACUCCACAUCUCGGACUCGGAGGCAUUACAAUUUACUGUUAUAACAAAAAAAAAUAAAAUCGAGUGCUGUAGAAAUAAAAAGUCUACUCUUCGACGCGAAGCAAACUCCCCCAGCUCUCAACAAUCUCCAGAGAGUUAAGUGUUGGAAAUUUGUUAGGAGAUGAAUCCGAGAGGGUUGAUUUACAGCUUUGUUGCGAAAGGGACUGUUGUACUAGCAGAACACACACCUUAUUCCGGGAACUUUAGUACCAUUGCAGUUCAGUGUUUGCAGAAGUUGCCGUCUGGUAGCAGCAAGUACACUUACUCUUGUGAUGGUCAUACCUUCAAUUUUCUAAUCGACACUGGCUUUGUUUUCCUUGUGGUUGCUGAUGAAUCAACUGGGCGAAGUGUUCCUUUUGUAUUCCUCGAGAGAGUGAAGGAUGACUUUAAGAAACAGUAUGGUGCGAGUAUUAAUAGUGAUAGCUCUCACCCACUCGAAGAUGAUGACGAUGAAGAUGAUUACUUGUUUCAAGAUCGGUUUAGCAUUGCUUAUAAUCUUGAUAGGGAAUUCGGGCCGAGGUUGAAGGAUCACAUGGAAUAUUGUAUGAACCACCCUGAUGAAAUGAGCAAGCUGUCAAAAUUGAAGGCUCAAAUAACUGAAGUAAAGGGGAUAAUGAUGGACAACAUUGAGAAGGUGUUAGAUAGGGGUGAAAAGAUUGAAUUACUGGUGGACAAGACUGAAAAUCUUCAGUUCCAGGCUGAUAGCUUCCAGAGGCAGGGUAGGCAACUGCGGCGGAAGAUGUGGCUUCAGAAUCUUCAAAUGAAGCUGAUAAUAGGAGGAGCCAUAUUUGUCUCGAUUAUGGUUGUGUGGCUAUUUAUAUGUGGUGGGUUUAAAUGUUGAGAUUAACGUUUAUGGUGGCUGACUUGUGUUUUAUUGUACAAAAAUGCGUGCAGCUAUCUUCUGUAUAUGAAGAUUAUCUUUCUGAAGAUUGUCAGUAUUUACAGACUGAAAUAAAAAUGACUUGCACAAAUGUGACAUUUUGUUUUAUGUAAA